AUGGAAUUUGAAACACAAGAGACGCACUCAACUGGCUGUAAGUCAUUACCAGUUUUUGUAUCGCUCGCUGAUAUUAAUGACGACAACAGGCCUGAUAUACUUGUGGCUAAUCAGGAUACAGACAACGCUGGUAUUUUCUUCAACGUUCAAGGUAGUUAUUUUUCUGAACAAGUAGCUUACUCAACUGGAGAUAAAUCAGGUCCACAGUAUAUAUCAGUCGUUGACGUCAAUGAUGACGACAAGCCAGAUAUUAUUGUUGCAAACAAUCGGGGACAUAGUGUUGGUGUUUUUCUCAAUAAUGGUUCUGGUCAGUUUCAUGCCGUAAAACUUUACGGAACUGGAGACAAAACAUGGCCACCAGGAGUUGCAGUGGCUGAUGUUAACAGCGAUCAAAAACCUGAUAUUGUCGUGACAAACCAAAAUACGAACACUAUUGGUGUUUUCAUAAACUCUGGUCACGGUCAAUUCUCAUCUCAACAACUUUACGAUGUUCCGGAUAAGUCCGGUGUGAUGCAUCCGCAAGUAGUGGAUGUCAAUGGCGAUGCUCACCCUGAUAUUAUUGUCGCAAACUCUGGUGGUGCUAAUAUCGGCAUUUUCUUUAAUUCCGGUAAUGGGACAUUUGUUUCUUGUACAAUAUUUUCAACUGGAGUCGAUUCACAUCCAAACUCUGUAUUUGUAGCUGAUGUGAACGGUGAUAAUAAACCUGAUCUUAUUGUGGGUAACUUAAAAACGAGCAAUGUUGGUGUUCUUCUCAAUGCUGGCAAUGGUAAAUUUCUUAAUCAAACAAUAUAUUCAACUGGAGUCGACUCACAGCCACGAUCGGUGUUUGUGGCUGAUAUAAAUUGCGACAACAAACCUGACAUCAUCGUUGCCAACUCUAAUAAAGAGAACAUUGGUAUUUUUCUCAACUUUGGCAAUGGUAUAUUUCAGCCUCAAAGAACGUAUGCAACAGGAGUUUUCACAAAACCAUGGUCUAUAGUAGUGGGUGACGUUAAUGACGACAACAAACCAGACAUUAUUUUUUCAGAUAUUGCUAAUCACCAGAUUGUUAUCUUUGUUAUGUUAUAA